AUGACACAACUACCCGUGCAGUCGUGGUGGCGAAAGCUUCGCAACGGCUCGUCGCCCCGCGCAGACUGGGACAAGGUCGACGCCCUCGUCGGCAUGGGCUUCCACCCCGACAAAGCGGUCAAGGCGCUCAAGAUAUCCAACGGCGACGUCCAGCGCGCCACCGACCAGAUGCUGCACGACCAGGGCCACUUCAACGCGUAG